AUGGCUCCUAAACAGCGUAUGGCCGUCGCCAACAAGCAGUUCAGCCAAAACGUCACUCAACGGGGAAACGUACCAAAAGGAAACAAAACCGCCGAAUCAAAGCUUCCAACAUCCCAGUGGCUCAUUGGUCUCUUCAUCUUCGUUGUUUGUGGUUCUGCCAUCUUCGAAGUGAUCCGCUACAUCAAAGCCUAA